GUGGGGCCCGGCGCUCACCCCCAAGCUGAGUUAAUUGGGUGUCGCUGCGGUCCACGUCCCCGCGCGGGGCUGAAUCGCUGAAGUGGCUACGCUGCGGAGCGAGGGCCACAGGCCUGCCGCACCCGGGUGUGUCUGGCACCGCAGAGGAGGAUCUGCCUCUGUCCUACAUGUGCCCCAGCCAAUGCCAUGGCCUGGGAGUGCCCUGCCCAGCUGCUCUCACCUGCAAAGCCAGACUUAAUAUGCCAAGUACAGGAUGCCAAGCCCACAUCUGCCCAAGGAGGACAUCAUCAGCCUGGCCUCCCAGUCUGCACUGAGCAGACACCUCUGAUCCCUGGGCCGAGCAAAAGGCAACCGUGGACAGCCUGAAGGGUUGGCUGGCUCAGAGACCACCAGCCUUGCUUCCAGCUCGCCAGCAAGAUGUGGACAGCCUUGGUGCUGGUUUGGAUUUCCUCCAUGCCCUUAUCUAGAAGCCAUAGAGUGAUUGAGGAGCCGCGACACUUAGUAGCGACCAAGGUGUGGCCUAAAGCCGUGAAGCGAACCGUGACUAGGGACACAGGUCUGAGAACAGCCACAGUGCUGCCUGCUCCUGUCACGCCGACCACGGGGACCUGGGCAGCUGGCCCGAACUCGACCAGAGUGACAACAGAGAUGACAACGCACUGGACAAACACGAGCACUCUGACCACCAGAGAAGGCAUGACGGGCAGCGUGACCUCCAGUUCCCUUACACCACCUCCAUCAUCAGGACCCGCGACUGUGGGGCCAUCUCCACCUACCACCACUGCUGGGCUUCCCUCUCUCAGCACACCACAUGCAGAAGUGCCAAGUACAGAUGCCAGCACAUCACCAAGAACAGCCACAGUGGCAACAGUGGCUCCACAUACCACGACUGUUGCUGCAGGCACCAUAAACAUAAGCGGUCCCACGAGGACUCUGAGUCCUGCCCAAAGCACACCUACUAACACAUCCACCACGAGCCCCAUCCCCACUUCAGGUGCCCAAACCCAAGGUACCACCAUCCAGGUGACAAGAGAACAGCCAGUGCAUAGCACAGCUGGCAGCUCAACACCUGGUCCUUCAAAUACCACCCUGGAGCCCACCACCACCCGCUCUGUGGCUUCAACAUCCUCGGCAGUAGUGACCACCACUCAGAUACAAACCAAGGAGCCAACUGCCAGCACAAUGCCAGUGCCUCCUACCAGCCCGACCCCUGAAGUGAAAGCCACAACCCUCACCACGCAGCCAAGCCCUGCAUUAUCUACCCAGGGGAUAGGUGGGCCAGGCACACAACUGACAACAGAGCAGGUGGAGACCAAAGCCACAGCUGGUACUGCCUCUGCUGGGCCAACACCCAGGAGCUCCGGGGACCCUAAGGUGCCAACCACAGACUCGUGUCAGCUCAGCACCCAAGGCCAGUACCUAGUGAUCACCCCUGAGCCCCUCACCCCAUCCUUAGUGAACAAAAUGUUGCUUCUGGUGGUGCUCGUUUUUGGGGUGACCCUGUUCAUCGCAGUCCUGGCGAUGUUUGCCCUGCAAGCCUACGAGAGCUACAAGAAGAAGGACUACACGCAGGUGGACUACCUGAUCAAUGGCAUGUAUGCCGACUCGGAGAUGUGAGCCCAGAAGGCCGGCCUCCUCCGUGGCCUUCUGUUUUGUCUCAGACCAAACCAAGUGCUUCCAGAUCCUUUUGGUGCAAUUUCGGAACUGUGCCAGAUGCGUAGACACACGUAGCUGCUGUCAGACCGCUCCAGGAACAGGAGAGAGCUGCCUUUUCAUAGUUAUUUUUUUAAACAAUCACAUAUGCAAGCGUGACCGCGGUCAAGGGGACCUGGCCCGUUUGGCUGUCGGCGUGUGAGAUUUUGACCAGAAUUAAAAGCAGUGGCUGCUCUCCGUCUGGCUCCCGUGGUCUGUGUCCUGCCCUCACUCUCCGUCUGGCUCCCGUGGGUCUGUG